GCAGUCAGGCCAACCACCCCUAUGGCAUCGUCAGAAGUCAGCAUGCACGUAGAGGAAGUCGUCGUCGUGACAACACCAGACACAACCGUGGAUGGAGCAGUUGUGGAGGAGGUGAAGACAAUGCUUGUCACAACAGAUAUCUCCCACCCAGGGUUAGUAUUCAAAACCAUCUCAUAGCCAAGAUAAGCCUGAAAAAUGGAUGUUUGAAGAUUUCAGAGCACUUUGCCGUCAUUCAUAACAUGCAGACUUGUCGAGGCAGAUGUUUUGGAUCUUAGAGUUCAAUGAUAUUUCUUAAUAAUUGUUCAUUGUUCAAAAGUUCAUUGUUAGCAUUCAGAAAUUCCUCUAUCAUGGUUGUAUUGUUUGACGUGUGUGAAACAUUUUACUUGCACAGUUUGCUUCAGUCUAAAGUCAUAACAGCCUACCUGUUCUAUGAGAUGAUGCUACCGUGACAUUUUCUAAUGCUUGUUUUUAGGCCUUUUUUUUCAUAAACAAUACAGUUUUACAUAUUGUACAAAUGCAGACACUGUAGCCUCAUUCUUAUGGAAAGUUGGCUGAGAGCUGAGCCUCCUGAAUCUGUAAUGGUACUAGAUGGCUUUCAUAUGUGCAAGUUGAAACUGGAAAGAAGAAAGGAGGGGGACUUGCUAUCUGUGUCACGUGGUGUAAUCCAAGAUGCACUGCUUAAGUUUCAGGUAUGUGGUUAAGGCAUCGACAUGGGGGUUUUCACACACUGGCGUUCCUGUUGUGUACGCGCGCCCCUCAGCCAGUGUCAUGACUGCAGUGGAGAAUACGCUCUAUCAUCCGCUGGUGAAGCAGCCAAACAUCUUCAUGAAAAUCUCUGGGAUUUUAAUCAUAUCGCUGUAAUGUCCACUCUGACUAACUUCUUCCAGUCUGUUAACUGCUCAGCAAGAGAGUGGACUUGGGUGACUCAGAUAUCAGGAAUGCUUGCAGAUCUGUUGUCUUGCCAUCCCUGGGCAGAUAUGGCCAGAACAUGGAUCAGUGAUUCACCAUUACCUAGCAACCUCUUUUUCACAACAGAAACUGAGUGAGUGAGCAAAAGAAGGUGCGAAUCUUCAGAAAAGGCUUAGAGGACGCGAACUAAGUUGGGUACAUUUUGUGAGACGUAUCCACAAGGACAUCCAUCCAUCCAUCCAUCCAUCCAUCCAUCCAUUUUCCAGACCGCUUAUCCUACUGGGUCACAGGAGGUACUGAGUCUAUCCCGGAAGCAAUAGGCACGAGGCAGGGAACAACCCAGGAUGGGGGGCCAGCCCAUCGCAGGGCACACUCACACACCAUUCACUCUCACAGAUGCACACCUACGGACAAUUUAGUUACUCCAAUUAGCCUCAGCAUGUCUUUGGACUGUGGGGGGAAACCGGAGAACCUGGAGGAAACCCCACGACGACAUGGGGAGAACAUGCAAACUCCGCACACAUGUGGCCCAGGCGGAGACUCGAACCCGGGACCCAGCAGUACUAACCACAGCACCGCCAUGACACCCCAUCCACAAGGACAUUUGCAGUUAUAUCAGUUGUGCUGGUUCCCCAAGAAAACAUGCCGGAUAAUGAAAAAUCUGAAGGGCCUUUCAGAUGAAAAAAGGACAUAUAGGUAUUGAGCAAAGUGAGGAGAUUCAGGAUAGCUUAAAAAGAAGGUCAGCUAAGAGAGAAGUCAGCCCAGGGAUAAGCAGGACCAUAAGCUUCAGCAGAACAUCCCAUAGAAAAUGUGGAAUGGAAUGAAGAAACGUACUGGCUUGCAGACCAGUGAUCAGGUGGUGGAGGGGAACUCGGAUAAUGUUGCUGAGUUAUUAAACAAAUUAGACAUCUAUGUGCCCUUCCAGAACAUACCCAGGUUCAGGCUUCACUCCCCCACUGCCUUAUUCCCCUCCUGGUUCCUCACCCUUUCCUCACACCCCUUCCCCAUCUCGCUCUCUCCUGCUAUCAUUCCUCCUCUCCACUAUACAGACAUCGGCUAAACCACCAAAUAAUGACUGCAUAUGGAAAUUGUUGCACGUAGUCAUGUAAUUAUGAUCAGUCCGUGUGUAGAUGCUAAUGCAGAUUUCCCACACCUUUUCUCUGUAGGUUGUCAGCAUUGUGGUCAAGCUAACAUUGCUUUUAAUUUACUGCUCAGAGAGGAGGUGACGGAGGACAGCAUGGAAGCUGAGACUGAAGCCGCUGCCUUUACCGCAACGCCCAUUCUGGAGAAGGAAGCAGUAAUAGCCAUGAAGCUUUCCGAGGAAGCAGAGAAUAUGGAGCCUGAGAUCAUCUACCCCAUUACAUGUGGGGACAGUAAGGGUGUACUCAUUUGGAAGAAGUUUGUUUGUCCCGGGAUCAACAUCAAAUGUGUCCAAUACAAUGAACACCUCAUUAGCCCAAAGGAGUUUGUCCAUCUGUCUGGGAAGUCCACGCUGAAGGACUGGAAACGAGCGAUCCGCCUGAACGGAAUCAUGUUAAGGAAAAUAAUGGAUUCAGGGGAGCUGGACUUCUAUCAGCACUCCAAGGUGUGCUCCAACACGUGUCGUAGCACCAAGAUCGACCUGGUGGGGAACAGGGUGUCAUUUAGCACUCAGCAGUCAACAGAAUUUCUACCAGUCACCCCCUCAUCAGCUGACGUGAAUGGGUCACCAACAGCGUUCACAGUAGAAGCCUCCGAGGACAGCACAGAGUGGGUGACAACGAUAGGAGAGGAUACCGUUGCUUUUUGGCAAGGACUGAAGGAGGCAGGUCUUUUGGAGGAGGUCAUUGAGGAGUUUCAGAAAGAGGUGAAAGAAACCUUGAAGGGCCUACAAGACCGAAUUCAGCAGCCCCCAUUACAGGUCAAUGAUGCAGUGCUGCUGAAUAACAUAGUGCAGAAUUUUGGCAUGCUGGACCUUGUGAAGAAGGUGCUGACGAGUCACAAAAGCCAAAUGGAUCGGUACCGGGAGCAGUACACACGCAGCUUAGUCGCCCUAGAACAGCAGUGCGACGAGCACCGGAAACACGCAAAAGAACUGAAGAGCAAAUCCCAGCAUCUGAACAACGUGCUCAUGACCCUCUCGCCGGCGCCCUCUCCUCCGACUCCCAAACGACCCCGGCUCACGCGGGCCGUCUCUGGCCCAACACCCGUCUCCACGCAUCUCCCCAGCCAGCCUACGCAGAUCACUUUGGCCUCAGGGCUCCCGCUGACUCAGCUGACCAACUUUCCCCUGGACAAGGUCAUGACAGCCAUUCAGGGCUCCACCAUUGGCAACUCGCAACAAACGGCCACCUUUACGGCCACAGCCUCACCCCUUCUUGGGGGUUACACAGUCCUAGCCACGCCGGCUACCGCCCUUCCCAGCACGAUGGAGAUCCAACCUGAUGCGUCAAACCUGACCGUUCUCAGUACGGCCGCCAUCCAGGAUGGAAGUACCAUCGUCAAAGUGGUCAGCCCUUUCCAGCUGCUGACCCUGCCUGGUCUGGGCACCACGCUACAAAACGUGAUGGGGGCUGGCAGCACUAUUGUCGCCGUGCCAACCAGCAGCAUCGAGACGGUCGUCACACAAGCCGAGGAGACGGCAAUCAUCGAAGUUAAGGACAUGGAUCCGGCCCUGGAAAAGCAGUAGCGAAUGGGGCGGGCCGGGGUCUUUGGAAAAAGAAAACUGCUUUUCUGCAUUGCUGCAAAAACCCCAACCAUUUUCAGUAUAAACACUAAGUUUUAGGGACUAUUCAUUGUAGAAUGUGCGUGACACGUUCAUGAAUGGUGGUCACUUUACUCUAAAGAAUGUGGUCAUUUGCUCUUGAAACUUAUUCGGCCAAAGUGAAGCUCUAUCCUAUAUGAUAAUCUAAUCUGUACAGUACCAAUGUGUACAGUGCAUCGCUGGCCUUUAAGUGACUGAAAUUCAUUUCUGUCUGUUAGAUUCGGGUCAGUAACCAAGAGAUGCAUUAGUUUUCCAUCAUUUUUAGUGAUGCGUGAGUGUAGUUGACGAAUACAGGGUACUUUCCAGCAUGGAGUAGCAGAGUGGUACAUUAUCUGCAGUCAUACUUUGAAAUAUUUGACAUCUUUAUUUUGUAGUUUCCUCUGGUUAUUGUUGAUAUACAUUUAUGGACAACUGUAUAGAAAAUGAAUGAAUGAAUCAUUCAUGUAUAUUCGACACUAUUUUGUUCGUUUGUCUUUAUAUACAUGCUGUUACAAAUAAUCCAGAAUAGUGAUGUGUCUUCCCAUAAGCCUGCUGGUCUUAAAUCAGACCAUUUCAGUAAAGAUACUGGAGUAAUUUUGUUUGUAUGUAAAUAUGUGAUAUGAUUGACAUGUAAAUAAAGUACAUUUAAUGUAAAAUUGGUCGGUUAGGUUCACAGUAAUUAAAAUACUGUAUAUUGAAAGUGUAGUAAUAAAUUAUUUACUUUUUUA